UUUCAUAAUGGGAACUUACCAGCCAGAUUCUCUCGCCGGAGCUAUCAACUCCGAUAACGACGAUGACAUCUCACCGAUUGAAGAAGUCCGGUUAACGGUGACCAACACCGAUGACCCGACCCUACCCGUAUGGACAUUUAGAAUGUGGUUUUUAGGCCUUUUCUCUUGUUGUUUACUCUCUUUUCUCAACCAAUUUUUCUCUUAUCGAACGGAGCCAUUAGUUAUAACACAAAUCACAGUCCAAGUGGCUACUCUUCCAAUCGGUCACUUCUUAGCUACGAUUCUCCCGACGAAGAAGUUCUGGUUACCGGGCUUCGGGCCGAGAUUGUUUUCGCUGAAUCCAGGCCCGUUUAAUAUGAAGGAACAUGUUCUCAUUUCUAUAUUUGCUAAUGCUGGAAGUGCCUUUGGGAAUGGUUCAGCUUAUGCCGUUGGAAUAGUGACUAUUAUCAAAGCUUUUUACCGCAGAAAUAUUUCAUUUUUGGCUGGUUGGAUUCUUAUUAUUACCACUCAGGUUUUGGGAUAUGGAUGGGCUGGGCUUUUAAGGAAGUACGUAGUGGAGCCCGCCCAUAUGUGGUGGCCUGGUACUUUGGUUCAGGUCUCACUUUUCCGGGCCUUGCAUGAGAAAGAUGACCGGCGUAUGUCAAGAGCAAAAUUUUUCCUCAUUGCAUUGAUAUGCAGCUUUUGCUGGUAUUUGGUACCAGGAUAUCUAUUCUCAACACUCACGAGCAUCUCAUGGAUCUGCUGGGCAUUCUCCAAAUCAGUGACAGCUCAGCAAAUUGGAUCAGGCAUGAGGGGCCUUGGAGUUGGAGCUAUAACCCUAGAUUGGUCUGCUGUGGCAUCCUUCUUGUUCAGCCCCCUCAUCUGCCCUUUCUUUGCCAUUGUCAACAUCUUUGCAGGGUACAUGUUGAUAAUAUACAUGGUGAUUCCAAUAGCAUAUUGGGGAUUUGACUUGUAUGGUGCUUCCAAAUUUCCCAUUUUCUCAUCGCACUUAUACACAUCACAAGGUCAGAAGUACGAUAUAUCAGCCAUUGUGAAUGACAAGUUUGAGCUAGAUAUUGGCAAGUAUGAGGAGCAAGGGCGGAUACAUAUAAGCAUGUUCUUUGCUCUCACUUACGGUUUUGGUUUUGCUACUAUAGCAUCUACUCUUACACACGUGGCACUGUUCUAUGGAAGGGAAAUAUAUGAAAGAUUCCGAGCUUCAUAUAAGGGAAAGGAGGAUAUUCAUACAAGACUAAUGAGGAAAUACAAAGAUAUACCUUCAUGGUGGUUCAAUGCAUUGCUUCUGGUGACACUAGCAGUCUCCCUAAUCCUCUGCAUUUUCUUGAAUAACCAAGUCCAGAUGCCAUGGUGGGGGCUUCUAUUUGCAAGUGCUAUUGCUUUUAUCUUCACGCUUCCAAUCAGCAUAAUAACAGCUACAACAAACCAGACCCCAGGCUUGAACAUAAUCACUGAAUAUGUCAUGGGAAUAAUACUACCAGGACGACCAAUAGCCAAUGUGUGCUUCAAAGUCUAUGGAUACAUGAGUAUGUCACAGGCUGUCUCUUUCCUCAGUGACUUCAAACUGGGCCACUACAUGAAGAUCCCCCCUCGAUCAAUGUUCUUGGUUCAGUUUUUAGGAACAAUAAUUUCUGGAACUAUCAACAUAUCUGUGGCAUGGUGGCUGCUAAACUCCAUCGAGAACAUAUGUCAAGAUGAUCUCCUUCCACCAAACAGUCCAUGGACAUGCCCAGGAGAUCGUGUUUUUUUCGAUGCAUCAGUUAUCUGGGGUUUAGUCGGACCAAAAAGGAUUUUUGGAACCCUUGGGAACUACAGCUCCAUGAACUGGUUCUUCCUUGGAGGAGCAAUAGGACCUGUAAUAGUGUGGCUCUUGCAUAAAAUGUUUCCAACACAAUCAUGGAUUCCCCUGAUCAACCUUCCAGUUCUUCUGGGAGCAACAGGUGCCAUGCCACCAGCAACACCAUUAAACUAUAAUGCAUGGGUCAUUGUCGGCACAAUUUUCAACUUCUUCAUCUUCCGAUACCGAAAGCAAUGGUGGCAGAGAUACAACUACAUUCUAUCCGCAGCAUUGGAUGCAGGAGUAGCUUUCAUGGCAGUCCUACUAUAUUUCUCAUUGGGAAUGGAGAAUAAAGGAGUGACUUGGUGGGGAACCAACGGGGAACAUUGUAAAUUGGCAACUUGUCCAACAGCCAAAGGCAUAGCUGUUGAUGGGUGUCCAGCUAGAUAA